AUGGAAGAACUUUUUUCCUUUGGGACUUUGAAUCGUUUCUCUCCUUCUCUAUCUCUCUCUCUCUCUCUCUCUCUCUCUCUCUCUCUCUCGCGCUCUCUCUCUCUCUUUCUCUCUCUUUCUCUCUCUCUCUCUCGGCGACGGAACAUUGCAGACAACACUGACGCAACAAUUUCUGCUGUGAUUGUUUACGGACCAGACGAUUCCUUUGACGCAAUCAUUGUUACUUACGGUCCUUUUUUUCCCUCCUUGAUUAAUUCCUUCCUUCCUUCCUUCCUUCCUUCCUUCCUUCCUUCCUUCCUUCCUUCCUUCCUUCAUUCAUUCAUUCCAUCAUUCAUUCCUUCUUUCCUUCCUUUUUUCUUUAUUCAUUCAUUCAUUCCAUCGUUCAUUCAUUCUUUCUUUCCUUUCUUUCUUCAUUCAUUCAUUCCAUCAUUCAUUCUUUCCUUUAUUUCUUUCUUUCUUUUUUCAUUCAUUCAUUCCAUCAUUCAUUCAUUCUUUCCUUUCUUUCUUUCUUUCUUUCUUCAUUCAUUCAUUCCAUCAUUCAUUCAUUCUUUCCUUUCUUUCUUUCUUUCUUUCUUUCUUCAUUCAUUCAUUCCAUCAUUCAUUCUUUCCUUUCUUUCUUUCUUUUUUCAUUCAUUCAUUCCAUCAUUCAUUCUUUCCUUUCUUUCUUUCUUUCUUUCUUUCUUCAUUCAUUCAUUCCAUCAUUCAUUCAUUCUUUUCUUUCUUUCUUCAUUGAUUCAUUCCAUCAUUCAUUCCUUCUUUCCUUUCUUUCUUUCUUUCUUUCUUCAUUCAUUCAUUUAUCCCUUUCUUUAUUCCUUUCAACCUUCCUUUAUUGUCACCUGUAUUUACUUGAGGCCCCUCGGGUUUCGAAGCCCGGCACAUUUGUGCCAGCGGAUCUCUCUCUCUCUCUCUCUCUCUCUCUCUCUCUCUCUGUCACUGACUCCAUAUGUCCAUAGCCGUUAUUCUUUACUUGCUGGAAGGAUGCAGAGGCGAAUAGAUGAUAGGCCACUGCGUGCAUUUUCUCGUUCCUCGUUUGCAAAGUUAUCCUUUUCUCGUCUUUAUUCACUUGCCGCUGUUCAGUAUACAAAUAUGGCCGAGGGCGGGAAGGACGGAUUUACACCGUGA